AUGUCGUCCUUGACGGUUCCAACGAUUGAUGAAGUUUACGCCGCUAAAUCACGUCUACAAGGUAUUAUCAUUCGUACUCCGCUUUUGAAAUUGAAUUAUGACAUUCCCAAUGCUGAAAUUUAUUUGAAAUGUGAACAAUUUCAACCGAUAUCAUCAUUUAAAUUACGUGCAGCUGCUAAUGCCGUUCAAAUUCUAUCGGCUGAAGAAAAACAAAACGGAGUAGUGACAGCUUCGUCAGGUAAUAUGGCUCAAGGUCUAGCUUGGAUUGCUCGAAAGGAAAAUUUGCUAUGUCAAAUCUUAGUACCAGAUACAGCAAACGAAGUUAAAGUACAAGCAAUUGAGAGAUUAGGAGGAAAGGUGACGAGAUGUACAUUUGAACAAUGGUGGCAAGCCAUUGUCACACAUCAGAGUCCGCUGUUAAAAGGGCAUUUUGUUCAUCCAGUAUGUGAUCGAAAUGUAAUGGCAGGAAAUGGGACAAUUGCAUUGGAGAUUUUAGAUGAAUUACCAGAUUGUGAUGCGAUACUAGUUCCAUAUGGGGGCGGUGCUCUCACAACCAGUAUUGCAUGCGUUGCUAAACAUUUAAAACCAUCGAUUGAUGUAUUAGCUUGUGAAAUCGAAACCGCUGCACCGCUUGCUGCUGCAUUUCAUCAUAACCAAGUCACUAAAAUCGCCAUGAAAAAAUCCUGGGUCGACGGUAUUGGUAGUUCAGGCGUAUUAGAUGAAAUGUGGCCAUUAGUCAAGACAUACGUGAACAAUUCUAUUGUUGUAUCAUUGAAAGAAACCGCAAGAGCAUUGAAACUUUUAAUCGAAAGAAAUCAUCUCAUUUGUGAAGGUGCAAGUGCGACAGCCAUCGCCGCUGCACUAUGGCAUUAUACGGAUUAUGUACAAAAUGGAAAGGCUGGCUUGAGACGGCAAGAUUCAACCAAGCCAUUAAAGAUAGUGGCAGUUUUAACGGGAGCUGGAAUCGAUAAUGAAACUAUUAUCAAAUCAAUAUGUCUCGUUCAAGAAAACAAUCCAUUGUAUCACGUAUUCUUCAUUUACAAAAACAUACAACCAAACACCAAACCAUUUCGUCAAUAUGCCUCGACGUUCAUUGCGACAACGCCGGUAGAUAUCUCUCAGUUUUUUUCACCUGUCAAGCAUUCUAUUCAUCCAUCGAAUAACAAUGAAAAUAAUAAUUCAGCAUCGAAUCAAAGUCUUCUUCCACUAGCGCCUGAAGCUUCAUCUCAUGUAUCUUCAAUACAAUCGGUUACAUCAGCUAAUAAUGAUGACGACAGUAUUACGAGCAAUCAAAAUACAACAACAAGUCAAUUAUUAAUCCCUUUAGCAUUACCACCAAACCGUGUUUCAAGUUCGUUUCUAUCGAAAUUAACCGAUGCAAAGAAAACUUUAUUCGGACGAAUAAAUGCUCCCGAUCCGACAUUCUCAGCAGCGAAUGAGAACAGAGCAUUGUUGAGCUAUAUCCUAUCCGAACCACAUCCCGAACUAAGCAUUAUACAAGAACAUGAAAACAACGGUGCACAAUUAAAUGCAGUUACCGAUGAUGGAAACACCGUCAUACAUCUAUUAGCACGAGCAGAGCACAGUUCAGCAGCAUGUAUUAAUAUUGUGGAUUAUGUUAUCAAACGUGGAUGCGAUCCCAAUCGACAAAAUGACUAUGGAUGGACCGCAGCUCAUUAUGCAUUUGCAACACAUAAUAUUGAUUUAGCGAUUUACUUACUGAAAGUGAUGAUUGAUGUGAAUCUCGUCACUAAUGAUACACAUGAUGGAUAUCCAAGUCAAACCCAUCUUCUUCAUAUUGCUGCACGGAAAAACGAUAGCGUUCUUAUUCGUUUACUUGUUCGAACCUAUCGGGCACGCGUAAACGUAUUUGAUGAAGAUGGCUGUACCCCAUUGCAUAUCUGUUGUUAUGAAAACAACAUUGAAGCAUUCAAAGCUUUGCUUGAAAGUGAAGCUGACUUUCAAAAAGGUACUCGUUUAAAUCCUCAUGAAACACCUGUGAGUAUCUGUGUUCGGUAUCAACAUGAUGAAUGUUUAAAAGCUUUAUUUGAAUUAACAACAAAUUUCAAUUGGAAACGGUAUUUCUCUCAAUUGCCACGUUCACCAUUAUUAUGCGAUUUUCCGAGUAUAAAUGCAAUUGAAUUACUAGUGAAACAUGAACUUGAUAUUAAUGCAUGUGACGAACGUGGAAAUACGUUUUUACAUUAUUUAGUUAUGAAGAAGGAUGUUGACUAUGAAGCAUAUAUUGUAACAUUAAUAGAAAAUUCCGCCGAUUUUAAUCGACAAAAUCGCCUUGGACGGACGGCAUUUCUCGAAGCACUCGAACAAAAGAAUUUCGAAUUAAUCGCUGUUUUUCUUCAACAUAUGAACGUGACAAAUAUUAAUACAGUCGAUUCACUAUCGAACACAGCACUACAUUACUGCAAGUAUCUCAAUGCCAUCAUCGUUUUCGAUACUGUUCUACAAGCAAAUCCAUUGUCAUUGAAUGCUCAAAAUCGAGAUGGUCAAACACCUCUGCAUGAAGCUAUUGCGUAUAACAAUCUUGGUUUUGCACAGUAUCUCCUUCGACAUGGUGCAGAUUUAACUUUAGCGAAUAAAGAAGGCAACACACCGCUUCAUUUAGUUGCACGCGAUGAUAAUGUGAUCAUGUGUCGAUUGUUAAUGAAAUAUCCUCAACUGGACUUAAUUGCAAUGAAUAAAAUGGACAAAACACCGUUACAUUUAGCUUGUGCUCAUGAGAAACCUAAUGUGGCAGAAUUGUUGAUUAAUAAGUUGAAAAUCGAAGAAAUCAAUCUCCUAGAUAAACAAGGACGUACACCACUGCAUGAAUGUGCAGACAAUAUUAACGGUUCCUUAGCAAAACAUUUAAUACGACAUGGUGCUGAUGAAAAUGCCGUUGAUAUUCGGAAGAAUACUGUGCUACAUUUAGCAACGGAAAAAGGUAAUCUUGAAUUCGUACGUACAUUGAUAAAAGAAUCAUCGAUUGAUAUCAAUCAACUGAAUGCUGAUGGUCAAUCUCUACUUGGUCUUGCGAUAUUGUACAACCACGACGAAGUUAGUAAACUCUUACUUGAACAAGAAACUAUUCGUGUUCAAUCAAGUGAUUUGAAUAUGGCCAUGCAGAUGAAUAACUUUGAAAUGGUGCAACUAUUGAGCGAAAAAGAUCGAAAUUGUCUCCGUGUGCGAUCGUCGACGCACGGAGAUAUGAUUAUACAUAUAUUUAUGAGGAAAAAUUUCAACAAUUUAGUUUGUUUAGAAACCUUACUUUCAUUUAUAUCAGAUAAUGAAUUGUUAACUUAUUUAUCUGAAAAUAGUUUAGCCUAUGGAGACAAUUUACUUCAUAUUGCCGCUCGUGAAGAUACUCCGAAUGCACUGACAUGUUUUCUGAAUUUAUCGCGCGUGAAAUUCUGGUUUUGGGCGAAUAUGAUGUUAACAAAAAACAAUGAUAACAAAACUCCAUUAGAACUAGCGAAUGAAUUUAAACAUUAUGCUAUUAUUAAACUGAUCAAUUCCAAAUGGAAAGAAUCUUAUGAGUAUUUGUCGCAUUCAUUGCGCGAUGGUCAUUGUGGCGUAUCACCAACAGGUGUAACACAAUCGAAACGGCAAUGUUUUAACUGUAAUCAAACGGGUUUUAUUGAAUUGAGCAAUGGAAAUGCUACACGACCAUGUCCCAAAUGCAAUGUUUGCUUGUAUAAAUCUCAUGACAAUAGUAUGCAAGUGUUUUUAGCAUUGCUAUUCAGUGAUGAAUCAAGUACGAUUGCACUUGAUAUAAUGGAUUCACUAAUUGUUGUCAAUGAAGUACAAAAGGCGAUUCAUCUGUAUCUUGAUCAUAUUGAACCAUGGGAAGAAUUCGAUAAAGUUGAUUUAAGUGAUUCAACAAGUCUUUUAAAUCAAUUGGUAUAUACUACUGAUAGCCACAAGCAACCAACUAGAAAUCAAUCGCGCAAUCCAUCGGUAUCUAUUCCAGCAACUUCGAAUGCGUCAGGAUUACCAAUGGCAACAAAUAAAAUAUCAGUUUCAUCUCAACCUAAUAAUCCUACUUCAAAUCCAAACCUACUGAACGUACCAGGAACAACAAUAAAUCCUCCGUACGAAUCUCGACCAUCGAUAGCAAAAGCAAAAUAUCGUCCAGAUGGUACUCAGUAUCGUCCGAUAGCACCUCUAGAAGCUAUCUAUUACCAUGAACGUCUAGAUCUGGUAACUCAUCCGCUUAUUAAAGGUUUAAUAACGUGGAAAUGGGAUAACUAUGCUGCGAAACAUUUCUAUCUUGGUCUGUUGUUAGAAACGUUGUUUCUUAUUUCAUGGACUUGCAUUUCAUUGAUUGUACCAUUUCCAAUUCGGUACGUCUAUCGCUUUCCUCUCGAUAUUUGGCGUUGUCUACUGUGGGCAAUCAGUAUUGGCCUGUUAAUUUGGGAAAUUAUUCGUGAAAUGUUUGAUAUAUCGUAUGCAAGAAAACGCUAUGAAGAUUAUCUCAUCUGGGAACGUGAACGAACAAAGAAUCGAUUAGAUUUGAUCUCGAAAAAUAAAUAUAAAUCCAACACAGGAAUACAAACAACGACGACACCGUUUGGUAAAACAGAAAGUGUGAUCAAAAAUGGAAAUGAGGCGGGCGAAACAGAACAUGUGACCAUCAAUGAAACAGCGAACACCAAUAUGUCAUCAAGUAUUAGUUUAACACCGAUGCGUUCUCAUCAUUCUCAACAUCAUCCAUUGCCACCGCUAUUACCGACAAUAAUAAAAGGCAAAGCUAGUGAACCAGCACCGAAUCAACAGCAACCAAUUGAUGCUCCUUUGAGUGUAUCUGAUCCAUCGAAUAUUUUACUUAAUGGUACGCAGAAGAAGAAUACGUUAGGUACACAAGUUAACCAAGAUGUUAUCGUGUCCGGACCUUCGUCGCGAUUUGUUCAAUUCUGUCAACGUCUGAAAAUUCGAAUCAAAACACGUUUUCGAGCAUAUUACAUGUACUAUUCACUGAAUAAUUUAUUCGAUUGGAUUAUCUUUAUAUUGUGUCUAAUCACCAUCAUUACACAUUUUAUCGAUGUUGCUUCUCAUACUGUUGUCCGUGCACGCAUUCACAUGUACAUAGCGUCAGUAACAGUUUUAGCUAUUUGGUUUCGAUUUAUGGUCUUCUUUCGGACAAUAUCAAUCACCGUGAAAACACUAAGAUCAAAAAUAGUGGAAAUCAAACUAGGCGAAUUAGUUAUCAUGGUGCGGAUGAUGUUCGAUGAUAUCAUACGUUUUCUCUUCGUAUUCAUCUUCCUUCUGGCUCCGUAUGCGUUAGUUUUCUUUUUUGUCUUUGGCGGUCGACAAAUUCGUCAUAGUGACUAUGAACAACGACCUCAACUUUGCGAAUCAGCUCUACUUUACUGUCCAAUGGUCGAGACAUACACAUCUGAUGAUGAUAAUUCUCAAGGAGCUGAAGGUCGAAGUCGAUACAAAUUUAAUGGUACAUCACCCAUUGUCGGAGAUUUAUGUUACAAUGCGACAAAUUCUUGCGAAAUUGUUGAGCAAAGUGGCUUCGAAAACUUCUAUUCCUUACUUUUCUCCAUCUUUCGUAUUGCUUUAGUCGACGAUAUUCCAAUUGAUGGUUUCAAUCAAAUCGAUAGAUACUUUGCUGCCUUUGUUUGUGGUACAUAUCUAUUGUUUACUGCUAUACUGUCAAUCAACAUCUUUAUUGGUCUUAUUUCCAACGCACUACAAACAGAAGCAUUUUCAACAGUUGAGGCACGUUUUCUUCUCGAACGUGUCGAAGUGAUCUUGAACUAUGAAUGGCGUUUAUCAGAUCGGAGACGUUUGCAAUUGCAAGAAAUCAUUCAUCGUCAAUGUGCACCGUUGCAAUUAAGUUGGAAGGAAAUAAAUUUCAAUGCAUUCGGACAAUCACGUGAAGAACAGCAAGCAAAAGCAUUUAGCACUUUUCGGCAGACGAUCGAAAAGCAUAAUAUUCAGUUUGAUACCUUUCGAAUUCAUAUACAACAAAAAUUAAAUGAUAUUGACUCGGCAUUAAUGAAAUUACAAACAACCACGCAUCGAUUAUCAUCAGCAUCGGAUAGUCAUUUGCGGAAAGGUAAAACAGAUACGUCUGCAUUCGAUCCCGUGUCGAAACAUCGAGAGAGUGAAGAAAUGAUUUCAGCAGCAUCAUCAUCAACAGAUUCAAACAAAGCUAUAUUUAACGAAUUAACUCGAAUGAGAGAAUUACUAGAAGAAACACUUGCUGGACAAACCGAUCGAAAUUUGCUUCAACAUGGUCGAACAUUACCUGGUUCAACCAGUAGUAUAACCACCGGUCGUCGAUCGAAUGUAGGUUUGCCACUACCAUCGGUGACAACUGGUGCAACUGCAGGAGCUGGAACACAUCACGAUACUCAAAUUCAAUCGUUUUCAAACCAUAUCAAUGAACGUGUUACUGAUCUACAAUUAGCUGUUAAUCGUCUUCACCAAGAAAUAGUUUCAAUUCGGCAACUGGUCGAACGCAUGUCACCAUUAUCAGCUAGUCUUAUUCUUGGAAGAACAGCUGGACGACGAUAG